GUAAAAAUUGCAGGUGGAUUGGUUGCCUUAUGGUCAUGAUUUUGAUCCGACCACCAUCUCGAGAACAUUAUACAGGGGUACCAUUCGAUAUCGGGGAGUCGUCGAGCCCUAUAUGCCUGAUCGAUGUUUGCGGCAGUUAGGUCGUAUGCAGAUUGUACCUGUUCCUGUUAUUGCUCCAGAGUCUGCAUCUAGGCCUAGCAAGGGAAAGUAUGUUGUGCAAUCUUCUCCUGUCUACUGUGAGUCAUCAUGGUCCUCGUUCCCGACAGGUAAUUGUAUAUACUUAGAACUAUUUCAGAAAGGUUCAACACCGUCGGCUUGUUCUACUGAUUACUUAUCUUGGUAUGAACGACAUUCACAUCCAUAUCUAUUGAAUGGAGGUAAUGUUGCACGAUCCAUACCAGAUCGUACGGCGACCGAGCAGUGGAUGAAUAGGUGGAUACAUGCAGCCCGCCCAGUAUUAGAACAUAGGGAUGAGAGUGAAUGGCUAACAGAAACAUGUCAGACGUUUGAUCAGCUCAUUCAGGAUUGGAACAAAGUGUUAAACAAUACGAAUGAAGAGAAUGAGUAGCAUAUUUUAGUUAUGUUUAAACACUUUAAAUCAUUAUUAGCAUAUUUUAUUUGAACUCGAUGUUUUUGUUAGUUUUUAUAAUUCAUAAUACUUUUAACUAUUUGUAGUA